AUGUUCAGAGGGGGCUUGACCAGUCUUAUCCAUCAUCAUUCGUUGAACAUCUCCGCAACAAGAUCUGAAGAUUCCGAGGCUUUGACCCUGGUGGGAUCAGAUGUCGACAGCAUCGAAUCAGCAGGGGAGAUCUUCCAUGAGACUUGGGCACAGCUUUUAGAGGUUAUUGUUGGAACAGUGAUGCUAGCUGCGCGAGUGAGAUGGCUUGCGUUCCUGCCAUUGGUCAUCAUCAUCGUGUGCUCUAGGAUGAGCGCAUACGUUGCUAAUCAUCUGGAAGGUAAACAAAAGAACUGGAAUGUUGCGACUCAAAAACGUAUUGCGACUAUCACAUCCGCUUUGAGUGGCAUUAAGAGUCUCAAAAUGCUAGGCAUGGAGGAUGCAAUUAAAUCUCAAAUCUUAAAUCUGAGAAGCCAGGAGUUGCAUAUUUCGCAGGGAUUGAGGUGGAUCUUGGUUGCCUACAAUGCAAGUGCAAAUGCUCUCGGUAUUUUUGCCCCUGUUGUCACGCUGAUGUUGUAUGCAAUGACUUCACGCAAUGAUGGAUCUAUGCAGGCCAAUGAAGUCUUCUCGUCCCUUGCUCUUCUGGCUAUGGUAACACAUCCAGCGAAUAUGAUUAUGACCCUAGUCCCUCGUGCCGUUGCUGUAAUGGCAAACUUUACUCGAGUGCAGGCUUAUCUCACUAAACCAUCAAUGGAGGACAAUCGCCAAUGUGAAAGUGAAGGCGAUGUACACCGAUUAACUUCGAUGAAUCAUGUGACUAUCAAGCCUGCUUCGAUGGCACACCCUAUCCUCCGAGAUGUCUCCUUAGAUCUAGGCCGAGGUGAGCUUCUCCUCUGUGUCGGAUCUGUGGGAAGCGGAAAAUCAACACUGGCGCUGGCUUUGCUAGGGGAGCUCCACCUAACUUCUGGCACCAUCCGCGUACAAUCAAAGCAAAUAGCAUACUGCGCUCAAAAAGCUUGGCUUCCAAGUGGGACUAUUUGUGAUGCAAUAUCAGGAGAGGCUGUUGGUCUCAAUCUAGAGUGGUACAACACGGUCGUUGAUGCAUGUGGCUUGCUUCCUGACCUUGAAGCGCUUCCGGACGGUGAUAAAACCAUGAUCGAAAACAACGGAAUCAAUUUAUCGGGAGGCCAGAAGCAGCGCAUUGCUCUGGCUCGAGCCGUAUACUCGCGAAACAAGAUACUAGUCCUUGACGAUCCAUUCAGUGCGCUUGACAAAGAUGUAAGAGAGCAUGUCAUACAGAGGCUGUUGGGAUCAGGAGGUCUGUUCAAGCAGAUGGAUAUGACGGUCUUUCUGAUAAGCAAUUUGGCAACGCUGCAUCCAUUUGCAGACAGAGUAUUAUCAUUACGCGAUUCAAUGGCCUAUUUACAACGGCCAUUGAGUCGCAAAGGGCCAGAAGCUUCGACUGUUCUUUCCUCAUCUAGGACAUCUCCUGGUGCCAGCCUUGCAAACUCAAAAGCGCCAAAGGGAUCAAUUGAGAGGGCUGAAGUCAAUCAUGAUGCAACCAAUCUACCCCAAAGGACUGGAGACUUGGCAGUCUAUGGCUUCUAUCUCAACGCGGUCGGCCGGUUAAGCGCUCUUUUCAUGACGUUCUGUACCGCUACAUAUUCUUUCGCCUUGACUUUCUCUACUUACAUACUCAAAUGGGCGGUUGAGGCACCUCUCAAAGACUUACAUAUGUACUUGGGCUUUUACGUCGCAAUAUCAGGCAUUGCAUGGAUAGCAACAAAUGGCACCAUGUGGUCCACACAUCUCAAGAUUGCAAUACGCUCAGGUGAAGUGCUUCAUGCUCAGCUGCUGGGUACAAUUCUUCGGGCGCCUCUCGCUUAUUUUACAGAUACACAGAUUGGUGUGACAUUAAAUAGGUUUAGCCAAGACAUCUCUCUUGUUGACAAGCAGCUCCCUCCGGCCCUAGCCAACCUAAGCGUCCAAAUCUUCAAGCUUCUAGCACAGGUCGUGCUCAUUUUGAGCGUCCAACCUUUGAUGACAGCAACAGUCCCAAUAUGUUUUAUCUGCGUAUAUUUCAUUCAACGAGUAUACCUCCGAACGUCUAAACAACUUCGCUACCUCGAUCUGGAGUCCAAGUCCCACGUUUACACUGACAUGCUCGACACGGUCAAUGGUGCAACCACAAUCAGAGCAUUCGGCUGGCAGCGAAAGUUCGAGCACAAAUUUGAUAAGGCAUUGAACCUUUCUCAAAAGCCUUCAUAUCUCCUUCUCUGUCUGCAAUGCUGGCUAAAGGUUGUCCUGGAUUGCUUGAUCGCAUUGAUCGCGAUCAGUCUCAUUGCGGUCUCUAUCUUGUAUAGAGACACAACAACCGGUGCUGACAUUGGAUUGGCCCUCAACCUCAUCAUAGUGGCAAAUGGUACACUUUUGAAGCUUGUACAGUCAUGGGCAUCGCUCGAAACAUCUUUAGGGGCCGUCUCUCGAUUAAAGAGCGUGCAGGAUUCGGUGUCGGUUGAAGACGAAGUCAACGUCUCGAAUCCAGGUCCGCGAUGGCCAUUAUCCGGUGAGACGCUGGUUGACAAGAUCUCAGUCUCUUAUUCUUCGUCAUCCGGCCUUGCUUUGCGGAACAUGUCUCUUCGGAUCGAUGGUGGGCAGAAUGUUAUCAUCACGGGUCGAACCGGAAGUGGAAAAAGCACACUCAUGCUUUCUUUACUCAAGCUUCUCGCUACGAAGGAGGGACUCAUCACAAUAGACGGCGUCGACAUUGCCCAAAUCUCGUCAAAUGCCGUGCGCCAACGCGGAAUUAUUGCAGUACCACAAGAUGGCUUCAACAUCCCAACAGCAACACUUCGCUUCAACCUAGAUCCAUACCACAUGAGCUCAGAAAAGACAAUAAUCGAGGCUCUGAAGAAGACACGACUUUGGGACAAGCUCACAUCUGUUUCCACUGACGAAUUCCAUGGAAACUCAGAAACAUUCACGAAAAUACUUGAUUUGCCAAUGUCGUGCUUCCUGCCACUCUCUGCUGGUCAAUUGCAGCUCUUUGCACUGUGUCGAAUGCUGCUGCGGAUAUGGUCGAUGGCAGCGACGAAGCCUAUUAUUAUACUAGAUGAAGCCAGCUCUUCUCUGGACCUGGAAACUGAGUCUAUCCUUCGCGAGAUUUUAGUAAAGGAUCUCUGCACUCACACGGUCGUGAUGAUUGCGCAUCAUGUUGAUGGGAUAAUCACCGCCAUGCGACCUGGGCAUGAUAAGAAUGUGGCGAUACAGGAUGGGCGUGUGUUGACAGAAUCUUUGAUUGGGAACGUCUUGGUUGAUGUAUAA